AUCGAAUCAUGAGCGAGGAGCUCGAUAAACCCUUGCUCGAUCCCGAGAACUUCAACCGAGAAGGGAUUGAUUUGGAACGCUUACCGUUACAUGAAGUUUUGAGAACUGAUAAAUCCCAAGGAGGACUUACAUCUGAAGAUGCUGAAGUUCGAGUCAUAUUUGGUCCAAAUAAGCUCGAGGAGAAGCCGGAAAACAAGUUUCUGAAGUUUCUAAGCUUUAUGUGGAAUCUAUCAUGGGUUAUGGAAGCUGCCGCAGUGAUGGCGAUUGCCCUUGCCAAUGGUGGUGGCGAGGGUCCUGACUGGCAGGACUUUGUAGGGAUCAUAUGUUUGUUGCUUAUCAACUCAACAAUCAGUUUCAUCGAAGAAAACAACGCUGGAAAUGCCGCAGCCGCGCUUAUGGCUCGUCUCGCUCCAAAAACAAAGGUUCUCAGAGAUGGGCAGUGGCAAGAGAAAGAUGCUGAAGUUUUAGUACCAGGAGAUAUAAUUAGCAUCAAACUCGGCGAUAUCAUCCCUGCAGAUGCUCGCCUUCUUGAAGGCGAUCCGCUUAAAAUCGACCAGUCAGCUCUUACCGGAGAAUCCCUUCCGGUCACCAAGAGGACAGGAGACGAAGUGUUUUCUGGUUCAACUUGUAAGCACGGUGAGAUUGAGGCUGUGGUUAUAGCUACCGGAGUUCACUCUUUCUUCGGAAAAGCAGCACACUUAGUCGACUCCACCGAAGUCAUCGGACACUUUCAGCAGGUACUCACUUCCAUUGGGAAUUUCUGCAUCUGCUCUAUUGCCGUGGGGAUGAUUCUCGAAAUCAUCGUCAUGUUCCCGAUACAGCAACGAUCAUACAGAUAUGGAAUUAACAACCUUCUGGUUCUCUUGAUUGGAGGAAUUCCUAUAGCUAUGCCAACUGUAUUAUCUGUUACUCUGGCAAUCGGUUCUCAUCGACUCUCUCAACAGGGUGCCAUCACUAAAAGGAUGACUGAUGAAGAAAUGGCCGGAAUGGAUGUACUAUGCAGUGACAAAACUGGAACUCUGACCUUGAAUCGCUUAACUGUUGAUCGAAACCUUGUCGAGGUUUUUAGUGAUGAUAUGGACAAAGACAUGAUUGUUCUGCUUGCAGCAAGAGCCUCGAGACUCGAAAAUCAGGAUGCAAUCGAUGCAGCCAUUACUAACAUGCUUGCAGACCCGAAGGAGGCUCGUGCAAACAUCAAAGAAAUUCACUUUCUGCCAUUCAAUCCAGUGGACAAACGUACUGCAAUUACGUACAUUGACUCAGAAGGAAAUUGGUACCGUGCCAGCAAAGGAGCUCCCGAACAGAUUCUAAGUCUUUGUGAAGAGAAACACGAGAUUGCUGGAAAAGUUCAUGCUAUAAUCGACCGUUUUGCCGAGAGGGGCUUGCGGUCUCUUGCAGUCACUUUUCAGGUAGUACCGGAAAGAACCAAGGAGAGUCCAGGAGGUCCCUACAUUUGUGGGUUGUUGCCUUUAUUCGAUCCUCCGAGGCAUGAUAGUGCCGAGACCAUUCGUCGAGCCUUAAACCUCGGAGUUUGUGUAAAGAUGAUUACAGGUGACCAGUUGGCUAUUGCGAAGGAGACCGGAAGAAGACUGGGUAUGGGGACAAACAUGUAUCCUGCUUCAUCAUUGGGUCGCGAAAAAGAUGAGAACGAAGCUAUUCCGACGGAUGAACUCAUUGAAAAGGCCGAUGGCUUUGCUGGAGUAUUCCCAGAACACAAGUACGAGAUCGUAAAGAUUUUACAAGGAAAGAAGCAUGUGGUGGGAAUGACAGGAGAUGGUGUGAACGAUGCGCCCGCUUUGAAGAAAGCAGACAUCGGAAUAGCAGUGGCGGAUGCUACAGAUGCUGCAAGGAGUGCUUCAGAUAUAGUCUUGACCGAGCCUGGAUUAAGUGUGAUAAUCAGUGCUGUGUUAACAAGCAGAGCUAUAUUCCAAAGGAUGAAAAACUAUACUAUAUAUGCUGUGUCGAUAACUAUUCGAAUAGUGCUUGGUUUUGUGCUUCUAGCUCUGAUAUGGGAAUAUGAUUUCCCACCUUUCAUGGUUUUGAUCAUUGCAAUCCUUAACGACGGAACUAUCAUGACUAUAUCCAAAGAUCGAGUAAAGCCAUCUCCGAGUCCGGACAGUUGGAAGCUUAACGAGAUAUUCGCAACCGGCAUUGUCAUCGGAACCUAUCUUGCCUUGGUUACUGUCCUCUUUUACUGGAUUGUAGUUGAUACAGAUUUCUUUGAGACUCACUUCAAUGUAAAGUCUAUAUCUGACGAUACCGAGCAAAUAUCCUCUGCGGUAUAUCUUCAAGUUAGCAUCAUUAGCCAGGCUCUCAUCUUCGUUACCCGGAGUCGAAGUUGGUCGUUCGUCGAGAGGCCUGGUGCUCUCUUGAUGUGUGCAUUUGUGGUGGCUCAACUGGUGGCUACCUUGAUAGCAGUGUAUGCACAUAUUAGCUUUGCUUAUAUCAGUGGCAUUGGAUGGGGAUGGGCUGGUGUUAUAUGGAUAUACAGUUUAGUUUUCUAUGUUCCCCUCGAUAUCAUCAAGUUCUUCAUUCGCUACACGUUGAGCGGAGAAGCCUGGAACCUCCUAUUUGAUAGAAAGACUGCAUUUACUUCGAAGAAAGACUACGGGAAAGAAGACCGGGCAGCCAAGUGGGUUCUUUCUCAGAGGAGCCUGCAGGGCUCGAUGGCUGCAGACUUGGAUUUCAACGGCAGAAGAUCGAGAUCUUCUUUGAUAGCCGAUCAGGCCAGGCGGCGCGCUGAAAUAGCAAGACUUGGGGAGCUGCACACUUUAAGAGGUCAUGUAGAAUCAGUUAUGAGGCUUAAAAAUUUGGAUUUAAACACGAUUAAAUCGGCUCAUACGAUCUAGAAAAUGAACGCGAGCAUCGUGUUUACCGGUAUU